AUGACGGAGGCUGUACCCUCCAAGGAGGAAAUCGAGGUCUUCGAUGCAGGAGACAUCGAUGCGGCCCUCAUGAACAUCUAUGAGGGUUUCGAAGCUCUCAUCAAGUUUGUUAGAUCUCUAGAAGAUCUAGACGGAGCUUGGAGAAGACUUCGACAAGACAACCAGGAAGAGGAGGUGGUCUACAAUUACUACAUCAAGAAGUAUACCAAGAAGUAUAGAAGUAUAGUAGUCAAGAAGUAUAGUAUAGUAGUCAAGUCAAGAGUCAAGAAGUAUAGUAUGGACCGGUGUUGCAACAAGGGCAAUCAAGAUUUCUUUCAAUGAAGGAGCGGUACGAACAUGGAUUUCGUCGCCUUCAAGGACUCGAUGGAGUGA